CUCUCCGCGAAUCAUUUCACAGUCAGGACAGGAGGAUCAUGAACUUAGUUGAACCACCACUAUCAACGGCAUCAUCAGGGUCAAGAUUACACUCUCAUGCUGCACCGCCCUCUCGUAGCAGCAACGUCGUUGUUUUUGAGCAGACCAUAGAUGUAGAUGAAGACAUUACAGACUAUUUUGACGCGCACUUCACCUCCAGGGAUGACCUCGCAAAGGUCAAGCCUGCUCUGCUGGAACAAACUCAUACUGAGAACCAUCUGUCUCAAAAGCUCGAGGAAAGCAAGACAAGGACGGCACAGGUGCUCGGGCAAGCACAAACAUCCUCAAAAUUGGCACUCAAUGACCUCCAGAACCUGGAAUCCUCGGCCCUGAAUCUAGAGGAGCAGAUCGAGAACUCAGAGGCAUUUGCAGCAGGGAAGAACAAGCGAGACCAGCGAUCUCUGGUCGAGGAGCUGAGCGAUCUCCAGAGCAGGGUCCAGGCAUUGGAGGAAGCAAAGAGAUAUAUCUUUAUCGUAUCCCGCACUCAAAAUCUGAUAUCAGAGUCCAAGUAUCUUCUUCAAAUAUCAACAGAAAAAGCCCUAGUUCCAUACAGAUCGCUUGUCCAAUUAGUCACCAACGCAAAAGGAACGCUUGGAGGAUGCAAUACCAAACUGGAGGACUUUUUGAAAUCGAGCGUCAGCGAGCUUUUGCAAAACUUUAAAACCAAUCUCUCGAAGAAGUAUCAGGCAUCAUUGGACGCAUUUGGAUGGCCCACACCUAUUACAGAUCUGUCAAAGAUUCCUGAUAAUCUUCAGGACGGCUUUGAACAUUCCUUCAAGGAGAUGCUACUUCUUCAGGAGUCGGCAUAUGGGGCGCUGGAUCGGUCGGGCGAAAAGCCAUACCCACCAUUGCUAGUAACUGAAAUUAUGGUGGCACCGUUGAUCGUAAGGUUCAGAUAUCAUUUCGAGGGAAAGCGCCCGACCAAUAGACUGGAUAAGCCCGAGUGGUAUUUGACCCACAUCUUGGAGCUCAUCAAGGAGCACACCCCAUUCCUUCAGGGUUACGUCCAAGGAAUCGUGCAGGAAACACAGUACAGGGAGUAUGACAUCAAGAAUGAUUUCAUCCGCUUACUUCUUGCUGCUGUUGAGAGGAAGAUCCGCCUUUCAGUUCCCGCAAUGCUGGCUAGCCCGGAGAUGCUAUCCCAUGCCAUACAUGAGACGCUACGCUUUGACAAAACCCUUCGUGACAACGAGUUUUAUACGCCCCCGGGACAGACAACAGAGUGGCAAGGGACCGUUCAGGUGUAUCUUGGCAACCGAGAAUGGCUUAAAACCUGGCUCAGAGUCGAGAAAGAAUUUGCUGUCGCAAGAUAUACACAAAUCAUAGAGGAUCCAGAUGCAUGGCAGCCUGCGUAUGAAGACAUCGGAGAUAAGGAGUACAUAAUACCGUCAAAAUCCGCAGAGAAGCUCUCGGACCUUCUUGAGAUCGUCACAGACCGCUACAGACCGUUGCCUGUGCUAGAACACAAAACCUUCUUGUUCGAUAUCCAGCUGGAUCUUUUGAGUGCUUACCACCGACAUAUUCGGGGACUUGUGGAUCAGUACGAAUCGCUGACAUAUUCGUUUGUGCGAGUGAUGCCAGGUACUGCAUCUACAGAAGAACUUAAUACGAUGGGUAUUGAUGGCUUAAGGAACUUGUGCCAAUGGCUGUCGAGUUCGGAAUACAUCAGCUUGACAUUGAAGGAUUGGGGCGAGGAUGUGUUCUUUUUGGAGCUCUACAAGGAAAUUUCGGAGAGGACUCAAAAGGUCUCCAACCCCUUGCAUUCCGAGAACGACGAUUCGGACGAGGAAGUGGCGCCGCAGAAAUUACUGGAUAAAAAUGGCACCAUCUUUGACGACACUGUCAAGGCGUUUGACCAGCUCUCGAAGCGGAUUCAAGACCUCAUUAUCAGGAACAUUACUAAGGAGGUGUUUUCCAGUAUGAAGCCAUUUGUUUCCCUGCGCUCAUGGCCACAGAUCGAGUUUUUGUCUCCGGAGAGUGAUGGGCUCCAAUCUCAAUCUCCCGUAUUGACUGUUCCGGAUCUUCUCUCUUCCCCUCACGAUAAUGACGACGUCUCUCCAGAGCUCUAUCAGCCUCUGACGAUCCUCACGCACUCUUUUGAGUUCCUGGCAGCAGUCUUGCCGACGAAGCAUUUUAUAAUGUUGUACAAGCAGACGUCGCUGGAAAUGCAGAAUUUUUUUUGGCAAAAGAUCAUUAUGAAGAACUCGUUCUCGGAGAUGGGAGGACAGCAAUUAGCGCGCGAUUUCCGGAUCGGACUCUUGGGUGCAGGCCGAAGGUGGAUUAAGAGGCCCGAGAAUUACCAUCGAAAGCUGCGAGAUGCAGUGAUUCUGUUAUCGCUGCAGAGCACAAAGGCGAACUCUCCGCCCAUGGGGUCAUUUAAUCAGGAUAGCCGCGGUAGGAAGGAGGAAACGGGGUAUGCGACGAGGACGCUGGCGCAGAUUAUGGCGGUCCUAUUUGAUGAGGACUUGGAGAAGGAGGUGGUGAAAGACAGGCUGGAGGAGAUUGGAGUGAUGCAUCUGGGGGUCUCUGAGGCCAGGGACGUAGUCCGCCGCCGUGUUGAGUGCUGGCGUUGAGGUGGAAUGAAGCACAGUAGAAUGUACGGCGUAAAGAGAUCAAAAAGGAUAGAUGAAAUAACAGUCGAAACUCGUUUUUAUCGCAUUUUCCGCGCGCAAACCUGCAAUAAAACCUUAACUGGGGAUUGAAUUGAAC